AAAAGUAAAAUUUAUAUUUAAAACAAUUAUUUCGUUUCAAACUUCAAGGUCUGAUUCAGGAGAGUCGGUGACACGGAGGUCUAAUCCAAACCUGAGUACAGAGGAGGCGCGACCAUAGUUCACGGACGCGCCAAGGAAGAUCGUGAAGAACCACUUCCUGAUCCUGAUACAUCGUAUUCACGUGGCUCUCCGUUGCAAGACAAAUCUACCAGUUUCGAUUACUUUAUCUUCUUUCGUCUCUCCUUCCAAACGGAGGAGGGAAAAGGGGGAAACUGCGAUAAAAUCGUCGAGCUCAGCAAUCAAGAAGGGAUGCUACGGUAAACGAACUGCAGCAAUAUCAGCGAGAGGGAGUCGAAAGCACGCGACCCGGAAAACCCAUCGACUGAAAUGGCCGGGACUUCGUUAAAUGACUUGCCGGACGUUCUCCUAUCGAACAUACUGGCGUUGGUCUCCGAUACCCGGACAAGGAACUCGCUAUCUCUUGUCUGCCGGAAAUUCUUGUCUUUAGAGAGAGCGACGCGCUUUUCACUCUCGCUGAGGGGGAACGCUCAAGACCUCUAUCGGAUCCCGACGUGCUUCAGAUCUGUAACCCACUUGGACCUCUCGCUUCUCUCGCCGUGGGGACACGCGUUCCUCUGCUCGUUGCCUGAUCCCCGUCUCCACGCCCACCGUCUUCGCGGCCUCUUUCCAUUAGUCACCUCUCUCACCGUCUAUGCGCGAUCCCCAACUACCCUUCAGAUUCUCGCCUGUCAGUGGCCAGGAUUGCGCCAUAUUAAGCUGGUUCGGUGGCAUCAACGGCCUCAAUCCGCCCCCGGGGAGGACCUGGCCCCCAUAUUUGAACAUUGUCAAUCUCUAUCCACACUGGACCUAUCGGAAUUCUACUACUGGAUUGAGGACAUUCCUCCGGUUCUCCUAGCCAAUCCCCUGACAGCCAGAUCAAUUUCAAAGCUGAAUUUGAUGACGACGUCGCUCACUGAUGGUUUCAAAUCGACGGAUAUACAAACCAUUACCGAAGCUUGCCCCAACCUCAGCCAGCUUCUCAUAGCGUGUGCGUUUGAUCCCAGGUAUUUCGGGUUUGUAGGAGAUGAAACUUUGUCUGCUUUAGCUACUAACUGUCCAAGACUCACCCUUCUUCACCUUGCCGAUACUUCCACAUUGGCGAGUGCCCGAGGAGACCCUUCCGCCGAUGGCUUCACGCCCGAAGACGCGAGGAUUAGCACAGCUACGCUAAUAGAGCUAUUCUCAGGGUUGCCAUUGCUCGAGGACUUAGUUCUGGAUGUUGCCAAGAAUGUUAAGGAUACUGGGCCGGCACUAGAGGUUCUUAACACUAGGUGCCGGAGAUUAAGGAGUCUUAAGCUUGGGCAGUUCCACGGAAUCUGUAUGGCGGUCGGCUCACGGCUCGAUGGAAUUGCCCUUUGUCAAGGGAUUGAAGCGCUUUCGAUUAAGAACUGUGCGGAUUUGACUGAUAUGGGGUUGAUAGAAAUUGGCAGGGGGUGUGUGAGGUUAUCCAAGUUUGAAGUGGAGGGAUGCAAGAAAAUUACACUGAAGGGUUUGCGGACAAUGGUGAGUUUGCUUAAGAAGACUCUCGUGGAUGUAAAAAUUUCUUGCUGUGAGAAUCUUCAUACCAAAGCGUCUUUGCGAGCUCUAGAGCCAAUUCAAGAUAGGAUUACUCGUCUUCAUGUUGACUGUGUGUGGGAAGGUGGAGAAGAUUGGGAACUUGAAAACCAAGCUGCAAGUGAUUGGAAUUUCGACCUCGACGAAGUCGAUGAAAUUACCAUGCCAAGCCAUAAUGCUGACACUAGUUGUUCCACGGAUGGUCUCUUUGAGGGCGAAAACUGUGGUGGAUAUACAAGGAAGAGGAAGAGAUCCAAAUUCUCCACAGGCACUGAUUGUUCCAUGUCCAUGCAGUGCAAUGGUAGUGAUCUGUGGGGCAAGAGAUGGGAUCGUUUGGAGUACCUGUCUCUUUGGAUUGCAGUCGGUGAUUUUCUAAGUCCAUUGCAAUCAGUUGGUCUAGAUGAUUGCCCAGUUCUGCAAGAGAUUCAGAUCAAAGUCGAGGGAGAUUGUAGGGGCCGGCACAAGCCGUUGGAUACAUUUGGUUUAAGCAUUCUUGGGCAAUAUCCUCAGCUAACUAAGAUGAAGUUGGAUUGCAGUGACACAAUAGGCUAUGCGCUAACCUGCCCAUCCGGCCAGAUGGAUCUCACCUUGUGGGAGAGGUUCUUUCUGAAUGGAAUAGGUAGCCUAGGACUAACUGAGCUUGAUUAUUGGCCACCACAGGACCGGAGUUUUAAUCAGAGGAGCCUAUCGCAUCCAGCCGCAGGGUUGUUAGCAGAGUUACUCACUCUGAGGAAGCUAUUUAUACACGGAACAGCUUAUGAGCACUUCAUGACUUUUCUGCUUAACAUUCCUUAUCUGCGUGACGUUCAACUGAGAUCAGAUUACUACCCAGCACCGGAGAAUGAAAUGACUACAGAGAUGAGAGCUGGAUCCUGCAGUCGCUUUGAAGCUGCACUUAACAAUCGCCUAAUCCCAGAUUGAUAUCAACAUGUGGCCGGUGCCUUCUCUAGUUCCUGUUUUAGGAAUCACUUUUUUCUCAUCACUGCUUACUUCGAGAUUAGCUGUAUCACUUGUGAUUUCCCAAUCUUUCAUCUGAGGAAUCCAUUAAACUUAGUGCUAAUGUAGAUCUGUGAGCAAUAAACAAACCCCUUUGCCAAAA